AUGAUUAUAGAAUUUGUAGAUGGACUACACUUCAGUGUAGUAGGCAGCACUGCUACUCAGCUUGAAUCUCAGCCAUUCGUUUCUAGAUUCCAAGUAUUUUGUCGCGAGCUGCAGCGACAACCCGAUUUCGAUCUUCUUCUUGCUGAGCUGUGCCUUGACCAUGUUUGGACUGAGCCUACUAAGAGGGACUCAAGCGGUGAAAUUUCGAACAAGAUGUUUCUAUCUCGAAAUGUGCUGUCACAAGAUUUUGUGAACUUCUUCAUCAGCUCGCUGGGACAGCUUCGUUCUAUUCGUGUUGUUCAUACUGUUAGCAAUAUAACAACCUCAGGGACAAUGGUCAUAUUAGCAUGUCGCGAUGCUACGGCUUUGAGGGGUGGAGAUAUGACUGCUGUGCUUGGACAUGACAAUUCUAUUAGUUUUUACUCCGGUCACGCCAAAUGUGCUGUAGCAGUCAUACCCAGGUUUACUGUGACCCAGUCGAUGGUGUUACAUGCAGCAGAUAGCUCAUCCUUUGUAAUCCAGAGUGGCAAUCAGCUUACAAAAAUUGAAAUUCCCGCAAUGUUUGUGAACCCAUUGGCGAACGACCUUUUUGUUGCUCUUGUGGAAGCUUUACCACGAGAAAAAGCAAUGCAUCUGAUGUUACAUUGGAAGACGCAUAGUAGGACUUAUGAUGAUGAUUUGGAACUAUGUGUGGCUGAACCACAACUGCAUGUGGCUUUACGCUUCGUUCUCGAACAGACGGGAAUCUCGAUUGGUUAUCAUCCCAAAUUACCGUGGAGAAAGGUCAAAGAAUAG